GUAAAACAGAUUUCAACUCUCUCGUCUCCUUCCUUCUCUCUCUCUCUCUCUCUCUCUCUCUCUCUCUCUCUCUAGGGUUUGAUUUUUCAUCGAUUGCACGAAAAUUUCCCAGUUCCUCGAAUCUAUUUCAUCAAAAUGGAAAAUGGAGGGGGAGAUUUGGAGGCUAAAAUUGAGAUGCUGCUGAACGUGGAGAAGCAGAUGAGGCAAGCGGGUGAAAUCGCCGGCACUCGGAAGGCUGUCACCGACAUUAUGCAGCUGUGCUUUGAAGCCGGCGCGUGGAAAACACUCAACGAACAGAUUGUGCUUAUUUCUAAGCGGCGUGGACAGUUGAAGCAGGCUGUACAAUCCAUGGUCCAGCAAGCAAUGCAAUAUAUUGACCAGACUCCUGAUAUUGAUACUAAAAUAGAGCUUAUCCAAACUCUUAACAGUGUAUCUGCUGGGAAGAUAUAUGUUGAGAUAGAGAGAGCUCGGUUGAUCAAGAAACUUGCAAAGAUUAAGGAAGAACAAGGACUUAUAGCUGAGGCAGCUGACUUGAUGCAGGAAGUUGCGGUGGAAACAUUUGGGGCCAUGGCAAAAACUGAAAAAAUAGCUUUCAUACUUGAGCAAGUCCGUUUGUGUUUGGAUCGUCAGGAUUAUGUUCGUGCACAAAUACUCUCGAGAAAGAUUAGUACUAGGGUUUUUGAAGCUGAUACAUCCAAAGAAAAGAAGAAGCCCAAAGAAAGUGAAAGCAUCAUUGAAGAGCCUCCUGCUGAUAUUCCAUCACUGUUGGAGUUGAAACGGAUCUACUACGAAUUAAUGAUUCGCUAUCACGCACAUAGCAACGAUUACCUUGAAAUAUGUCGGUGUUACAAGUCGAUAUAUGAGAUUCCCUCUGUGAAAGAAGACCCUGCUCAGUGGAUACCGGUGUUGAGAAAGAUUUGCUGGUAUUUGGUCUUAUCUCCUCACGAUCCUAUGCAGUCUAGUCUGCUUAACUCAACCCUGGAAGAUAAAAACUUGUCAGAAAUUCCCGACUUCAAGUUGCUGUUGAAACAACUAGUUACCAUGGAAGUUAUUCAGUGGACAGUUCUGUGGGGCACGUUCCAAAAAGAGUUUGAGAAUGAAAAGAACAUGCUUGGUGGUUCCUUGGAUGAAAAGGCAGCUGAGAGUCUGAAACUUAGAGUAAUAGAACAUAACAUCCUUGUUGUCUCAAAAUACUACGCACGGAUAACAUUGAAGAGGCUUGCUGAUCUAUUAUGCCUUACCAUCCAGGAAGCUGAGAAGCAUCUCUCUGAAAUGGUUGUCUCCAAAGCAUUGAUUGCAAAAAUCGACAGACCAAUGGGUGUGAUCUGUUUCCAAUCAGCCAAAGACAGUAACGAUAUUCUAAACUUAUGGUCAACGAACCUGGAGAAACUCCUCGACCUUGUAGAGAAGAGUUGCCACCAAAUUCACAAGGAGACUAUGGUCCACAAAGCUGCACUGAGUUUGAAAAGCUGAUUAAUCUCUACGUAAAGGUCCGGUUUCUGUGUCCGUUUUAUUGAUUUGGCAAUGACCAAGAUGGACUUUUGUUGCUACUCUUCGGCUCUUCAUAUCAAACGUGGUUACAUGUCCAGUCCUUUUUAAUGCUUUUACUUUUUGAAUGAUUCAUUUGUCACUUUAGACUUAAUGCAGAGGAAUGAGUUGGGUCUAUGCGCUUAUAUGUUUGGAUUUUAUCGUAGAUCACUCACAAAUGUAUGUCACCAAUGUUUUAAUUUUUGAAGACUCGGGAUUUAUGGAUCGCGAUUUAUCGAAUCUUCCUUAGAAGCUCCUUAAAUUCCAAUGAGAAAAAGUCAUGUUGAAUCUUUUUCAUGACUUGUUCAUUAAUUCGCAGAUAUUUUUUUGCUU